UCCACAACGGCUAAAGAGUCAGAGAGACAAAACCAUUCAUUUUAAAAUUCCGUCUCGGGCAAAGGACCACCACCAUCUCUUCCCUUCUUCCUCUUCUUAUUCUUCUCUGAUAACCCUUCAAAACCCCUCAAAAUCUUUGUCUUUCCGCCUAUAAUUUCACUCAACAUUCUCUUUCCUUUUCUGUAAUUUGAUUUACCCACUUCAGAUUUUCCAUCUCGCAAUCAAAUUUAUCAAUUUCCGCAGGAAUUUCUGUAAUGGGUACUUGUUUUAGCAAGAAGAAAACCUCUCCUCCGCAUCCGCCGCCGCCUCCUUCUGCUCCGCCCGCUACUGGUUACGGUUACGGUUACGGGGUGGUUGAUUCGAGCAUCGAGAGCAAGCCCAAAUCUGAAACCCAAGCAGCGGAGCUUAAAACGAAGGUGAAGAAGCAGCCAGGAGGAAAACCAGAACAAAUUGCCCAACAAGGAGACAAUCAAGAUCAAGAACCCCAAGUCCAAGUGAAAAAGGAGGUAUUUGUCAUCAAACACCGAAGGAGCCACGACGAAAGAGGGGACAGAGAUUGCAAGAAAACCCCACUUCCCCAAAACCAAAUCCAACCGAAUUCACCACCGUCAGACGCGGCGGUUGUUUUUGCUGCUGCCACCGCUUCUUCCCCGCAGAUUGGUACUGCCGCCAAGACGGGUGCUUGCAGCGAAUCCGCAGAUGACGUCGACAAGGUUGGGAAGCGUGUGAGGACGCUGAGCUGCAACAAGGAGGAAUUGGACGCCAUUCUCAUACAGUGUGGGAGGCUCAGCCGGAGCAAUUCUUCCGGGUCUGCGAAUAGAACCAGAAAGUACUCCGGUUCGAAGAGGAGCUAUGAUUUCGAUGCGAGUGAUGGUCAUGCCAAUGUCAGUGAUAUUUGCAAUGAUGCUGAUGGUGAGGGUGAGGGGGUUGCAGAAGAGAGAACCCACCGCCAAUCCUCGAGGUCAAGGCCUUCUUCUCCUUCUUCUCACGGGAGGAGGAGAAGGAGGACACCCAGCAGAGAAAGAAAUCAGCAGCAACAGCAGCAAAGGUCGAGCAGUAGGGAGAGACGAACUAGUAUUUCACCGGGCAAACGCUCAUCUUCUAAUGCUAAUUCUGCUGCAACAGCCACUUCAACUGCCAAUGCGAAUCCGAGGCCAGGAAAGAUGGUUUCCGUCCCUGCAGCUGCCAUUAACAAUGGAGGGGAAUCCGCAACUAACAUCAAGCGAAUUUCGGUGAAGAGAAAUGUUGGAUCGCCUCGUGCUCAGUCCCCAGCUAGAGCUCAGUCCCCAGCCAGAGUUAAUGGUAGAGCUCCCAAUGAUGGCCAGCAGCAGCCUUCACUAAGCCGAAGCUCGUCAAGAAAAGCGGAGCACUCGCCCUACAGAAGGAACCCGUUGGCUGAGAUCGAUCAGAACUCCCUUGCCUAUCCACAAGUCAAUAACAACAACCGAAAGAAAAGAGAAAUCCAGGCUGAAGAGGAGAUUGUUGUCAAGGAACACACCCAUCUUCAGAAACCGACUCUAGAAACCAACAGUAACAGAAUUGUUGCCCAGGGUAUAAACUACAUAACCAGCAACAGUCCAAUGGACAACAAGAACAAGGUGCUAGUGGAGGAGGCUAAGGGACAGCCACAAGGGAAACCCCAAACAUUAACAAGAAGCAGGUCGUCUAGGCGAUCCAGAGACCUAGACAUUGAUCCUGAAACAAACAGCCUUUCGCAUCCUGUGCAGUCUUUGUAUACUUCACUAUUGCUCCAAGACAUACAGAAUUUCCACCAGCAGAACACGUCGAAUGCAGUAUCACUCCCUCCAUGUGUAUCCAAGGCCUGCUCCAUCGCAGAAGCAGUUGCCGACCUCAACUCUACCACGAAAAGCACCCCAACUGAUCAAUUGAACAAAAAAGUUGGUCCUGGCUAUAAUGCUUCAAUUGUUGGGAAGAGCAUAGCAGAUGAGCGAAAGGAUCCUUUGGUGGAGUCUGAGGUAGUUGCCAAUGAUGAUCUGAUGGAGCCAAGCUUCCAUAAGUAUGUGACUGUGAGAAGGGGUACUGGUGCACUGGAAGAUAUGGAGGACCAGGAGUCUUCUGGCAGCAACAGCUUUGUGAGCGGUAGUUCUCGUUCGCAACAACAUAAUUGGGGCUUCUCUUCUUCAUGGGAACCCAAUUCAGCUGACUCCACUGAUUGCUGGGCUUCAAGAUCCAGCACCAAAGAGGAGGAUCACAAAACUCCGCUGAGUUUUGAGAAGGAUGAAGCUGCCAAGAGGAGAUUGACUGGCCACCACCACCAGCGCAGUGGUGGGAUUGGGCGUGGGAGGCUUGCUACCAUCAACGCCAAAGGGCUUCCUAGACUUCCAGGUAUUGCUGCUGCAGCUUCAAUGUAGAUGUAGUGAAGGGCUUUUUCACUAAUUCAUUCAGAUUUGUACCUUUUGCUUUCAGCAACUCCCCCUCUAGUGUAGACUACAUUUGUGUUGGCAGUUGCAUACUUGCAACAUUUUCCAUUUGAAGCGCUUAUUAAAUUCUUCUUCUUUUUUGCGUAAAUGCUUUCUGUUAACUGUCACGCUAUAGUUUAUAAUUCGAGCAGUCACACGAGUCUUCACUCUUAGCAAUCAGACAAUACAAUGAAGCAUGAGAUUGGAAGGUAUGCA